CAACAACGAGACGGCGAUAGCCCGGUGAUCGUGAUACCAAGCUGCCCCGGCAUUCCCAUAAACCGACCACUUACAGCGGCAGUCCGAAGCUCCAGACCGUGACAAUUGCCCACUGCUCACCAUGACGGCCCACGACGACGAGCUGUUGCCUGAGAACACCUCGGGCUACAAGCUCUCUCAGCCCAAGCAGAGCUUGGCCGAGUACCAGAAGAUGGACGAGGGUGACGAGUCGCUCCAGCGCUACAAGCAGUCGCUGGGCUUGGGCGGCGGAAAGGAUUUGUCGGACCCCAACGAUCCGCGCGUGUGCAUCAUUCAGUCGCUCACCAUGGAGUCGCCCGGCCGUCCCCCGGUUGUGAUCGAUCUCACGGCUCCCGGCAGCCUCGACAAUCUCAAGAAGAACCCGUUCAAGAUUAAGGAGGGCGCCACCUUUACCAUGAGUGCCCAGUUCAAGGUUCAGCACGAGAUUCUCAGCGGUCUGCAUUACGUUCAGGUCAUCAAGCGGAAGGGCAUCCGGAUUCCCGGUGGCAAGACUGAUGAGAUGAUUGGCAGCUACGCCCCCAACACCGACAAGCAGCCCGUUUACACCAAGAAAUUCCAAGAGGAGACGGCGCCUUCGGGCUGGGCGGUCCGCGGCUCUUACUCUGUCAGUUCCAGCUUUGUGGACGACGACAAGAAGACCCACCUCCAGUUCGACUGGGCCUUUGAGAUCGACAAGGACUGGUGAUUUCGUCCACGACACUGUCGGCCAGGCAUCGCAGAUGCGAAUGGAAUGGCAGCUGCGCACGGGAUAUUCACAGUUUGCAUGAAGGGACGUCGUCGUUUAGCGGCCUCCGUGGCACGAGACAUGCAGGGAUAAAAGAACAUUCCGGAAUGGCUUGCGGGUGGUUUUAGCAAGGCGGGUCAGCGGGUCUCGGUUUGUGGAUUGCGACGUUGAGUUUCCGGAAUGGACUUUGGUCCGCUUUUUUGCCUUCCGGAAGCCUUUAGUCUCCGGGGCAAGUACACCAGAUGUUGUUUGCUUGAUCAGCGGUUGGCUGGCUCGCUGACACGCUUGACGCUGGAGGGACGGACUUCGUCGCGGCCAAGUCGAGCGGGCGUUUGCUCAGUUGCGCUUAGAUAGCACCGGAACGAACAUGAAAAGGGAAUUUCUAACCGGGCCUUGAGAA